AUGUACGGAUACACGGCGGGCACACCCUGCCCGGCGCCCUAUUCCUCCACAAGCAGCUACUACAGCGGCUAUGGAAACCACUACGCGCCCGCCUACUACGACGAGAACAACACGACGGCAAACCUCGAAUACACGACAGAGCUGAAGCCUGCUCGCCACGCAAAGCCACGACGACCAAUGCGCAACACGCACAAGCCCGCCUUCAACCCGUCACUUGACAUCUUCGAGGAUGUCGCACAGGAGGAGGAACAGCAACAAGCAGAGUUUGGCGUCAAGAGGAGGAGCCGCGCAAGCGUUGUUCCCGCGGCUGCCAGGACCAAGAAGAGCACCAUACUUGCGCACCCAGCACAGAGGAUACCCAAGCCUGUCGCGCCUGUCCAGGAGCCACACCACGAGAAGCCGCACCGAAGACGCGUCUCGCAGGUGCCCACCGAUAAACAUGCCUCAGACGCCAAUGCGACUGUGCAGUUGCAGGAAGAUGUCUUGGAGAGGAAAGAACUCAAGAAGCAGGCCCCUAAGAAGGACUUGCGACGGAGGACCAUUUACAUUCCGUCUGAUGACACGUCAGUCUUCACCAUCCACCCUGGACAGCCGACACAUGCGCCGCGCAACGUUCGAGAGACCUCGCCAGACAUUGGCCUAGAUCUGGUCACAUUAUCCGAGGAAGAAGGAAACAAUCUGAUGCCAGCGUUGAAGAGGGACAAAAAGGCACCGCGCAAGUCUCUCGCUGCACCACCGAAGCGAGGUCCCUUGAGCACAACAUCGCGAUCAUCGCAGAGCUCAUCCUUUUCGAGCGACAUAGUGGGCUCAGGGGGCGGGAAAGAGAACAUGCCACCAGGAAUCGAGGCUAUCGAGAAGAAGAAGAUCGGAACGCAUAUUGAGAUAAACUUCACCAAGGCAGACGCGAAGAAACCUGUCGCCAAAGCCCCCAAGGUCCACUUUAGUGCUCCCAAAGAGCCCGAACGCAUACUUCUUACUAAGAAACGGCUAGAGGGCUCGCACAAGCGACCACGAUCACACGUGGCUCAAGACGACGUACCAGCAAAAGCGCUCAAGGCAAGAGCAGACGGCACUGCUUCCGCCGCAAGUAGCAGGGCAUCUCUGAGGACGACCAUCAAGACUGAACGAGCGAAACUGGCCAAGGCGAAGCGCGCGCCACUUUCCUCCUCGCCGUUCCACACCGACAAAUCUCCACCUACAGCACUGCGCCGCCAGAAGACUGGGAGCGUAGCAAGCAGCAUCACCAUGCUACACGAAGUAGGCCAGCGACCACAAUCACAAGAGAAGUAUCCAGUACUACAGGAGGAUCUGGCACAGCCGGAGUUGUACGAAGACAACUGGCUUACCUACCAGGAAGUCGCCAUUACACAACUUCUGAACUCAGUAUUUGAUUCCGCGAGCAGAGACCCGACCGACGAACAGAGCCCUGAGGACAUGCGCAAGAAGAUGCUUGCCAUAUACCACGAUCCCGCGAUACCGUCGCUUCACAAGCGACUACAGGCCUCACUACAAUUUGGUGCGCUGAGCAUACCGAAGGAUCUCCUGGCCCAGACGCUCAGGCUCAAGGACGAUGUUGGCUUGCGCAAGAAGUUCCUCAGCCUAUGGACCAAGUCAUACGAUCUGAAUGCAUUACGUGCUGCAGCUGAGACUAUUGUCGGCCGCCAAAUUACAACGCCCUGUCGACUAUCCACAGGUUCAACGUGCUCAGAUGAUGGCUCCCGCCAGUAUCGCGCAGAGCGCCGGGCUAUCGAGAGCUUUCUGUCUGCAUUCCUGAUCAAAAAUGAGGAUGCUGUUCGCGUCAAAUCCGGAGGUGGCAGCAUUGCUAGCCUUACACGCGGCGAUGAUGACUUCGGUUCUCAAGGCUGGUCAUGGCGCCGUACUGCUUUACGAAGUCUGAUGCUGAUUCUGAUCCUCGACCAAGCCAAGACGACGGAUGCUCUACCAGGCUGCCUGUUCCAGACGACGUCACCCUACAAAACAUCUGUCGAGGUCCUACAUCAGUUAUCAAAGAUGCUGCUCCCUUCACACGGCGACAUCACUCGACCGCUAAACCACCUCAAUUACAAGGUCGAACAUGUCCAGUAUCCACUACAAGAGUACACCUACCAAAUCGACAAUAUCGCCAUUGACCUCCGUGAUGGAAUCGUACUUGCUCGUCUUGUAGAGUUACUGCUUUACCCGUCAACCACCCACACAACGCAUCAAGAGGAUACCGUCACUCUCAGUCUACCCAGCGGUGAGCUUCUUAAUAGCUCCCUCGAUUCUUCGCAGAAAGGAAUUUGGGUCCUCUCCCAGCACCUCAAGUACCCAGCCAUUGGCCGUCCCCAGAAGGUCUACAAUGUCCAGAUUGCCCUAGCUGCAUUGAGUCAUGUCGCAGGCAUGCCCAGCGCAGCAGUCAGUGGCAUCAAAGCCGAAGAUAUUGUCGACGGACACCGCGAGAAGACACUCUCGCUUCUUUGGUCACUUGUCGGCAAGUGUGGUCUUGGAAGCCUUGUUGACUGGCCGCAACUUGUCAAAGAGACAGAGCGUUUCCGAAACCAGUGGUACAGGGCCCGGGAUAGCUAUGAGGGACGAGUCCUUGAUUCCGACAAUGAAGAAGACGGGGCCACUGAGCUGGAUGGCAUGGCAUAUCAUAAGCGUCUCUUGCUUUCAUGGUCACGCUCCGUUGCUCGGCUUCAUGGCCUGCGCGUUGCAAACCUGACCACAAGUUUUGCAGACCCAAAGGUUCUAGAAGCCAUCGUUGAUACCUACUUGCCGUCGAAUCUGACCAUCUCCACCGAAGGGAAUGAGCGACUCGGAUUAGCAACAAAACUCAAGGCUGUCGGCUGCUCAACUUCAUUCAUUGCGCUUUUCACGCCACAACACAGCACAGCUCGUUCAAUUCCAAGCAGAGACUUUACCCUCCUUACUCUAUCUUUCCUGGCAAGUCGACUGUUGCCGCUUGCACGCACACACCGCGCAGCUUCUACUAUUCAAUCCGCUUUCCGCCGUUUCCUCGUCCGCCGUCAGGUCAGCACUCGCAUACAAGCAAUGAAGAUAGCGCACAACUGCGCAGUAGUGGCGCAAGCUCGGCAGAAGAUGGUCGAUGCUGCUAUUGUGAUUCAGAGACGCUGGAAGACAAUCCAAGAUGCCCGCAACAAGCAACUUGAAAGUGACGUUUUGGCUUUCCAGGCCUUGGCCAGGGGUUGGGCAAUCAGACGAUGGGUCCGACGUAUCACCGCUGGUCGAGUCGGUGGAAAGGAGAAAGUCAGGAGGGUCAGGGGUGGAUGGUAA